AUGAAGCAAUCUUAAAUUUUUACAAAGAGUUUUUACUAAACUCAUGAUAAGAAUACGAGAAAAUUUCUAAUAGGUUAAUAAGUUGAAAUGGAAAAGCAACCGAAAAAAAAUGGAAAAAUAUUGUCUAGGUAAGUCAGACUGCAGGAGACAAAUAUGAUUCAAAUUAAAAAUUAAAAGACAAUUAAAUACCCAAAUGGUUUCCUUUUGAUUACUAAAUAAGAGUUUGAAAAGUUACCAGAAAAUCAAAAGACUUUUUUCAGAUGGACAACCAAUUAGAGCAAGAAUGUUAGAAUAUUAUUUGAUCGUUCUUCUGAAGGAUUGAAUAAGACAUAAAUUUAACAAUUUGAAAAACCCACAGCAGUUUAUUUUGACAAUAUUGAGGCAGGCAUAAGAUUUGCAGAAUUUUUGAAGUUCAAAAAUCAAGAGAGACUCAAUCAUUUCAAUGAUAAUCUUACAAGGAUCUAGUCAGUUUGGUUUCAUUUAUCAAGUUUGAAGAUAGUUGAAAGCUCAAUUGAAAAAAUGAAUAAUGAAGCUCAAUAAAUUCAAUAUUAGCAACUAAAAGAAUAAAAUGAAUUUCUAUUAGACUUCGAUGAAUUGCUUGAUUAUGAUAAACCAAUAUAUGAAGAAAUGCUAAAUAUCCUAUUUAAAAAGGCUGAAUAUGAGGAAAAGCAUAAAAAACAAAAUAUUAAGCAAUAAAAAGUUGAGAUAAUGAAAUAAUCAGAGAAUUUUUUCAAGAAUAAGGAGGUAAAAGCAAUAAGAUAAUUGCUUUAUCUUUGGAGAUAAGUUGCAGGAGGUAUUUUAAGAGAAAAUGAAGAGUUAGAAGAAUAUUAAUAAAGAGAAUUGGAAGACGAGGAAAGAAAACUGUAAACAGAGAUUGAUGCUAUUGAAAAUGAGUAGUAAAGAAUCUCUUAAAUAUAGUAGUCUCAAAUUUAGCAGCAGCAUUAAUAAUAAAAUUUACCUUAAUAUAAAGAUCUACAUCUUACUAAAUUUAAACUUAUAAUAGGCUAACAUAUUAAAUUGUUUAAUCCUAUUUUGUAUGUUUACUUUAAGGGUUUAGAAUCCAACUAUCAAGGUAAAAUAGAAUUUGAUAAAGGUCAAGAGAUCAAUUUUAUGUAAUUAGAUAAGAAGGGAUGGACAGCUGAGCUUGAGGUGACUUUGUCUGGAUUUCAGAUGUAGGAUGCUUUAGAUAUAGUGAUUUAUGAUGACUAUCAGGAAGUAAAUGAGAAGAUUUUGGCUAGAGCACAAGAAGAAUAAAAUAACAUUUUGGCUUUUUUGGCUACUGCUAAGAAGGUUAUGCAAGGUAGAAUUUAUAUGAGAGAUUUCGAGAAAAACUUAAAUAAUAAUCGAAGACAUUUUGCUAGUUUAGAAGUGUCAGCGAAUUUGUAAUAAAAAGUGACAGGUAAUUAAUUACUAAAUGUUCCUAUGAUAUAAAUGGACAUUUAUGAGGAUAGUCCCUUUUCGAUUUUAAAUUCUACUGUUAAUCCAUUUUACUUAGAUAUUAUUGAAGUGCCAUUUACAGCUCAGGAAAUGAAGUAUUUUGCAAGACAACUAAAAUCUCCUUUUAAUAGUUUGUAAUAGUAAUGGGAUUCAUUCAAAGUUGAAGCUUUGGAAUUUGCUCUUCAAGUUAGAGGGCAGAUUUGGGUUAAUAGUAAAUAAUCAGAGGAUGAUUUGAUUGAAAUUUAAGAGUUCAUUGUAGAAGAAUAAGGAAUUGAAGAAUAAAAAGGUAAAUUUACUUUGCUUGCUGAAUAUUUGUAAGUAAACCCGAUUCAAAAUAAAUAGGAUUUUGUGAAAAAUAAAUUAAUUUAGGCAUGUAGGAAAGGGUUUACUAAAUAAUCUAGGAAUGAAUUGAUUCCUAUUUUCCUCUAAUUUAAUAACAAAAUUACAAAAUUCUUGCAAGACAUUGGAAUAGAGUGGAAUCAAAACGAAAGCAUUUUAGAUCUCAUUUAGAAUGAAAUAAAUUAGUAUAUAGAGUAAGAUACUAUAUUGUCCAAUCAUGAGAAAGUUUAACAUUACUUAGAUAGUUUAUAAUUUAGAUAGACUACUGUUUGGACAGAUCAAUAUAUUAAGAAGUUGUAAUUAUUGAAAGAUAGGAUUGCAUAUCUGUUGAAUUGUUUUGAGUUGAGUAAUCAUAAGAAAAAUUAAUUGAUUUUGACUGUAAGAUUGUUCCAACUUUUUAAUUUAAGAGAAGAUUGUGAUGAUUAUGUUUUGAAAAUAAUUUUAUGUUUAGAUUACAAACUAAUGAUUCCAAAAAUGUAAUGUGAUAAACUAGAUUUUUAAUGGUUUAGGACUCAUAUGAAUAAUCUAUUUAGUGAUUUCUUUUAUUUUGAUAUAUGGUUACGGGUAUUUGAUUAUAUAAUUGGGAUAGGUUUUGUAAAUGGAGAUUUUGACAGGGCAAUAGCCAGUGUGAUUGGUGGAAUUCUAAAUGAAGUGGACUCUAAAAAAUAUAGAACCAAAGAAGAAUUCAUAACAGGGCUGACUAUUUAUGGUAAGUUGUUAUGUGAUCCUGAAAAAUUGAUCAUGGCAUGUUAUAACUCAUAUAAUCAUCAGGAAUUCAUAUAUUUAGAAUCUGAUGAAUAAAUCUUAGAGAUCUUGACCUAAAAUGGUAAUCCAUCAGAGCAGAUUUGCAAAGAUCAGAUCUAAUAAUAAUAAUAACAAUCUCAUUAAUAAAGUAUUAUUAUUGAUGUUCCUGAGGAACAUGAAGGUUCUAUUUAUGAGAUUCAUGAAUAGUACUAAUAAUCAGCAACUUAGUAGAGAUCUCAAUAAAAGUAUCUAUUCAAGUAAAAAGUUGAAAAGAUUCAUAUUUUAAUUCAUUCUAUGUAUUUGCAUUAAAUAGUCUUCCAUGAAUAAAAUGUAGUUACAAUAUAGAAUCAAAGAAAAAAUGAAUAGGAUGGAUUAUAUUUUGAAUUGCCAUUCACUUCUUAGAGUGUGGAUAUUUAAAUAAAUGAGAAUUUUAAGGCAUAAAUUGAUAUUGGUUACUUAUUAGUAAAUACUAUAUACAAGAAUACAUUAAUCUUAAAUGACAAUUAUGAUAUGGAAAGAAACUAUUAAAUAUCUGAGUUAGAAUAUUCAAUUUUGUUAAUAGGAGAAGGAUUGCCAUAUGAAAGAGUGAUGAGUAAAGACAAUGCUAUAAAUAGUUUUAAUGACCUUGCAUAAAAAUUCAAAGUUUAGCACAAUUUCUCCUAGCAUCCAGAUGCAUUUAAACUAGGGAAUGUAUUAAGUUUUGCAGACUUCAAUUAAUUGAUGCAGCAUUACUUUAAAUUGGAUCAAGCAUCAUAUAAUUUGGAUGAAUUAUAUUAAAAAUUUAUGUUAAAAGGGAAUUAAUAAAUAUACUUAAUUGAUAUUUUGUUGAAGUUAAAUUAGAAUAAUUAGAAAUAAUUGGAGGUCUUAAAUUUAUUCAUCCCAAAUGAAAAGAUCAGUCAUAAACAAUUGAGGAGAGAAUAAUUAGAAAAUAAUGGAGAUGUUAAAUUUUUAAAAGUAAUACUAUCUGAUGAAAAUUAUGGGUAAAGUGUAGAUUUAACAACUUAUUUCAAUGGUUUAUUGUUAGAUCAUUAUUUAAAGUAUAACUCAUACGAUAUGUUGUUAAUUGAUCAUAAGAAUAGAUUAUAUCUGCUAGACAAUGCAGGUUCUUUCUUGUCACAGUUACGAACAUAAACUUUAAUUUUAAGUCUAAAGUUUAGUAGUUUCGGUAACAUUCGUAACUUGCAAUACUAGCUAAAUAAAUAGUUUAAAUUAACCAUGGAAUAGCAAACUUCUGCAACCUCUAUAAAAGAACUAUUAGAAAAUAACAGCAGAUUAAUAUCUUUGGAUAAUAAUUGCAUUUUGAUGAAUGAGAAAGCAUCUACCUUCAAUUCUCAUUUAGCGUAUUUGAGAUGCAGAGAUGGUUCCAAACAAUUCUAUACUUGUGAUGUCAUCGGGAAAAUUUUGAACAAGAAUGACGAAGUGCAAUACUAUGUUGUAUAAUUGGAGCUGGAUAAGAGGAUCAUUAAGUCUAAGGAGGAUGUGUUGUUAUUUGAUAGCAUUCCACUGGAGGAAUUGGAAGUGUAUGAUAAGACAUGGAAACAAGUAUAAUGA